CACCUCUGUCAACUUGUAAAGCUUUUGUUCUUGAUGGACUUUAGCUCCGCUGUGUCUGUUUGAACUGAAAGUUUGAUCAUUAACGUUCAUUUGUUCUCAAUAUCAAAUACGCAACAGCGUUUUAUCUGUAACCUUUGGGCAGAAUUGUUGUGUUUUCAGAGUUCAGUCACAUUUGAGGUUAAAAAAAAAAAAGGGGGGGGGGUGCAGUUAUCAAAACCUGGGGUCAUGUAAUCUGGUGUAGUCUAUUACACAACCUCAUGCUGUUAUAGCCACAAUGGACCUUGACUCUGCAGACACGCUCAAGUCAGUCCAGAGAAACUUAAGCUUAACGUCACCUGGAGCGUCCAGUGUUGACUGAGAAAGGAUCGCCGCUGCAUUAGCUUAUUUCAUUAUCUUCAUCAAGAAGACACAUCUACAGCUAAAGAAUUGUAGCAAUGGUGUCAACUGACAACCCAAUGACGUAUUUAUUAGAGGUAAUCCUGUCACAUCUGGUCUUAACCUCUGCUUUACUUCUGGCCGCUCUCACUGCCGCCCGCUGGCACAUCAGAGACUCCUACAAGGUGGGAGGCUUCAGCCAGAAGCACGUGCUCGUCACGGGCUGCGACAGUGGCUUCGGGAAUCUGCUCGCCAGACAGCUGGAUCGAAAAGGUUUCCACGUCAUAGCCGCUUGUCUCACGGAGAAAGGUGCGGCAGAUCUGGCAGCGGAGGCCUCCCCCAGACUGAAGACCCUCCUGCUUAAUGUUACAGACAGCGAGAGCAUCGGGAGGGCGGUGGAGUUCGUGAGCGGAGAGGUCGGAGAGCGAGGUCUGUGGGGGCUGGUCAAUAACGCUGGCAGGUCCACGCCCAUCGGCCCGACAGAAUGGAUGCAGUUGGAGGAUUUCACAAAGGUUUUGGAUGUGAAUCUGAUAGGAGUCAUUGAGGUGACUCUCCAGUUCCUGCCGCUGCUGAAGAAAGCCCAGGGCAGGGUGGUAAACGUGGCCAGUAUUCUGGGCAGACUGUCCCUCACUGGUGGAGGAUACUGCCUGUCCAAAUGUGGAGUGGAGGCCUUUUCUGACAGCCUCAGGAGGGACAUGCAGCACUUUGGUAUCAAAGUGAGCAUUAUCGAGCCUGGUUUCUUCAAGACAGGAGUGACUCGGCUGGAUCUCAUUGAAGCCGACCUGAGGAGGCUGUGGACUCGGCUCCCUCAAGAUGUCAAAGCCUCAUAUGGAGCCAAAUACUUUGAAGACUAUGUGAAAGCUCAGGGCUUCUCCAUGGGUAUCUUGUGCAGUCCAGAUAUCUCCAAGGUGACCAGGUGUAUGGAGCACGCGCUGACAGCUUAUUCCCCUCGCACACGUUACGCAGCGGGCUGGGAUGCCAAGCUUUUUUGGAUUCCUCUGUCUUAUAUGCCUUCGUUUGUUACAGACUUUGUUAUCAGCGUGCUUCUUCCUUCACCUAAAGAUGAGAGAAACAUCUAGCAGACAACCACUGCCACUGUAAAACAGUUUGUAUGUUUUUCUGUGUAUAUGUAUGAAAACAUGAAACUGAAACACGUUAUGACAAUAAGUGGUUAAAAAAAAAACCCUGUCCAGACUGUGUUACAAAAUAGGAAAUUUAUUCAUUCAUGUCUCAGCAGCAGCAAUUUAAACCACAUGGGCAAAUUCUGGAUGAUCACAGGUACAGUUUUAUUUGUCCUCAUUAUGAUACAAAAUAAAUCAUUCUGUAAGGUAAAGAAUUUAUUCACCGUGUUUAUAAAACAAGUCUACAUCUUGCAUCCUCAGGUCAUGUUUUGCUCCUCAAUAUAAUCAACUACAUAAAUUUAUUUCCAUGCAAACAGACAUGGGCGCGUUCAAGUAUUGUUCCAAACUAUUUUGGCCAUUAAUCCAAUAUCAUUACUUUAAGAAAUGAUCAUGUUGAUUCAAAGUCACAAAGUCAGGGAACGUAGGUAGAGGUUAAGUAUGGUAAGUAUGCUUUGCACACGUAUUUUAGCUUGCGCAUCUGUUUAUACUGGAGCACACGUGAGUUAAAAUCCAAUUUCUUAUAUCUUGCUUUAAUUUCUCAGCCCUGAAAUGAGGUAUAUAAACAUGAAAGAUGAAGUAAAUACAUCUUCAGUUUUGUUCAGUGGCAAAAAAUGUCAUUAUCCAACACAUUUCUCUAAUACCCUUUGAUCAUACAAGUACUGUACAUUCAGAAUGCAGCCCACCUUUUACAUGUGUUACUGUGUUUAUGUUGAACUAUUCAUAGGAUCUAUUUCAAAGAUAUUUUCUGACAAAAUCUUACUGUUCAAAUUUACAAAUAUACAACAUAUUUAUUAACAUUUCUAUCAGCAGCUUCAGUGCAAAGAUAUACAUAUUGUACAUCAGAAUAAAGAAAAAAACAUUAACACAAGAAUUGGCGUAAGAAAUGUCAGAAGGCAUAGUCACAGAAGACUUUUCUCUUCAUUCUGUAGAAAUGUAUUUCUCUUUUCUAAAACAAUUUGAGUUUUGUACACAGGCUGCAUAAAAAAAUAAAUUCUGUGCAAAGUG